UGAAAAUGUUUAUCGCUGCCCACAAUCAAUAACAAGUAAGCAGUGGUUUUAAUGGCGCUUAGCAGUAGUAGCAGCGGUGCUGUCAGUGUUGUCGCAUCGUCGAUGCACUCGGCGACAAUGGUGCAGCGGGCAGGUUCCACCAUCCACGGAUGAUACGAACGACGUGCGACCGAUGCUCCGUUCUGUUGUGUUUGCAUGUUUGGUGGUGGAUCAUGUUACAGCAGUGCCGGUUGCGGCUCCAUCACGUGUAACCCUUACCGAUCGCGUAAAACUUCACGCCACUGAGAGAAAACAUCGCACCAUCUCGCCUCACCUGUGUGCAAACUGCGUUGUUGUGUAUCGCUACUAGCAUGUAGCAAAAUUCUGUUGCGUGUGUGUUUGUGCGUUACGAGGGAGCUGUGUGUUUAUACGAUACGACAAAAGUGCAAUAGGAAAGUGUAACAAACCAUCCGACCAGCCGGAUGCAGAUGCACCAGUGUGUUGUGUGAUCCAGUUCCUAUAGAAAUCCGUCGAAACAACCAAUGUCUCUGAUGUACCGCUCACUUACAAAAAAAAAGUCUGAUCUAAAGAUCUCACAAAAAAAGUGAAAAUUUAACAAAAGGUCACAGUGUUCGUGUGUGUAAAGAAAAAAAAAUCCAACUGUGCAUAUGCUAUCGAAAAAAAACGUGCGUCGCAGUGCGCUAUGUAGGUGGUUAGGAAGUCCUGUAACACCUAGCAACGAAGGUAGCCUACUUGAGGUUUAAAACGGGCAGGGGUAGGAAAAGAAAAAUACUCCAAAACAACAGUGUGCGGCACAGCAACAACACACACACGGGGGGAGUGUGUGGGUGGGCAGAAAGCAAAAAAGCCUGCUAAAUCCAUAAACACAUUAAUUCACACCGGGGAGAAAUCAUACGACAAGCACGGGAUUAUAUAUGUGUCUGCUUGGGCGAACGCACUGGAUCGGUGCCGAAGGCUAAAGUAUGUUCUCUGGCAGUUCGCAUGUAUCGAUCACGGAUGCGGCUGAUUACGAUUUCGAGAAUGCGGAAAAUGCGGCCAAAUGGAGGGGUUUGUUUAUUUCAUCGUUGCGGAAGGUGCUGGAGCAGGUGCAUCCUUCGCUGCAGGCCCGGGAGGAUGCAUUGCUGUACGUCGAAAGCCUAUGCCUGCGAUUGUUAGCGACACUGUGUGCGAAGCCACCGCCGCACACGGUAAUGGAUGUGGAGGAACGUAUCAGCCGUACCUUUCCGAACCCGAUCGAUAGGUGGGCACUAGGAGAGGCACGCGAAACGAUAGACAAAUCGAAGAAGAAGAAACCGGUACUACCAGUUGAUCGUGUCCAUACGCUACUGCAAAAGGAGGUACUGCAGUACAAAAUCGACAGUUCCGUAUCGCUGUUUCUUGUGGCCGUUCUCGAGUACAUAUCCGCCGACAUACUGAAGCUGGCCGGGUAUUAUGUGAAGAACAUACGCCACAUCGAAAUUACCCGCGAGGACAUCGAGGUCGCCAUGUGCGCUGACAAGGUACUGAUGGAUAUGUUCUAUCAGGGCGAAAGUUCCAACUCGAUGGCACCGAGUCCGCUUCCGCCAACACCCCGUGCCAGCCUCAGCUACGAGGAAGUCGUAAAGGAGCUUAUCCACGACGAGAAACAGUAUCAACGGGAUCUGCACAUGAUCAUCCGAGUAUUCCGGGAGGAGCUAGUUAAGAUAGUUAAGGAUCCAAAAGAGCUGGAUUUAAUAUUUUCCAACAUAAUAGACAUUUAUGAAGUUUCGGUGACGUUACUGGGAUCGCUCGAAGAUGUGAUAGAAAUGUCCCAGGAACAAACGCCACCGUGUAUUGGUAGCUGUUUUGAAGAACUGGCAGAAGCGGCUGAGUUCGACGUGUAUGCAAAGUAUGCAAAGGAUAUUACAUCGGUGAUUGCAAAGGAAGCACUAGCCAAUUUAUUAGCACGACCGGAGGUAGCCAGUUCACUGAUGUCAGCCGGACAUGGUUUCAAGGAGGCGGUCAAAUUUUACCUACCAAAACUACUAUUAGGGCCCAUCGGGCAUGCGCAGUUAUAUUUGGAUUACAUUAAGGUUUUACUACAGCUGAGUCCCUCACAAGAGGACAAAGAGAGCUUUGAGCAGGUGCAAGGGUUAUUGAAACCGCUGCAGUGCGAAUUGCAGAGUAUUUCAUCGCUCCUGCCAAAAGAAUACUUUACCAGAGUGAACAGCCGUGCACGGAGGCAAUCGGCGAUAGAGAAAACGCGCGAUCUUCAGAACACGGUUGAACACUGGGACAAAGACGUGGGACAGUGCUGUAACGAGUUCAUCCGGGAGGAUACACUGGCCAAGCUGAGCUCGGGGAAGCGACAAACCGAACGCAAGGUGUUUCUGUUCGACGGGUUGCUGGUGCUGUGCAAAGCGCGGCGCCAAAUUGUCCCGGGGAACAACUAUGAUUACCGGCAGAAGGAGCGGUUCUUCAUGCGGAAGGUGGAAAUCAUUGACCGGCCCGACACGGACGAGCUGAAGCACGCGUUCGAGAUCUCACCCCGAGAGCAGCAGAGCGUUGUACUUAUCACCAAGAACGCUCAGCAUAAGAACGACUGGAUGGCAGAUCUGAUAAUGCUAAACACAAAGUCGAUGCUGGAGCGUAUUUUGGACAGUAUCCUGCUAGAUAUCGAGAAGAAACAUCCACUGAAGUUGCCGAGUCCGGAAAUUUACAAGUUUGCCGUCCCGGACAGUCCAUCGAACAUUGUGCUGGAGGAGCGCGAAGGAACUGGUGUUCCGCUAAUCAAGGGUGCAACACUGUGCAAGCUGAUCGAACGAUUGACCUACCACAUAUACGCCGAUCCAAUGUUUGUGCGCACCUUUCUGACCACGUACCGAUCGUUCUGUUCACCGAAGGAGUUGUUACAGCUGCUGGUAGAACGUUUCGACAUUCCCGACCCGGCCGUCGUGUACGAUCCGGCCGCGGAAAAGGAACUGGCCGGUGGCGAUACGGACAAAUUCCACAAGAACUCCCAGCGGGAGGAUUGGAAGCGAUACAAGAAGGAGUACGUGCAGCCGGUACAGUUCCGUGUGCUGAAUGUGCUACGACACUGGGUCGAUCAUCAUUUUUACGACUUUGAGCGUGAUUGCGAGCUGCUCGAGUCGCUUGAAAGGUUUCUGGAAACGGUGCGCGGUAAAUCGAUGCGCAAGUGGGUUGAUUCGGUGAUGAAGAUCGUUCAGCGGAAGAACGAAAGUGAGGACAAUCACCGGCAGAUAACGUUUGCGUUUGGUCACAGUCCGCCGGCGAUUGAGCAUCAUCUGCCACUGAACAGUGAGAAUGAGUUCAACCUGCUGAUGUUGCAUCCACUAGAGUUGGCCCGGCAGUUGACACUGCUGGAGUUUGAAAUGUACAAGAAUGUCAAACCCUCCGAACUGGUUGGCUCGGUGUGGACGGGGAAGGAUAAAGAAACAACUAGUCCUAAUUUAUUGAAAAUAAUGCAUCACACCACAAAUUUUACGCGGUGGAUCGAGAAAUCGAUAAUCGAGGCAGAAAACUUCGAAGAGCGUGUCGCGAUGGCCAGCCGUGCAAUCGAGGUGAUGAUGGUGCUGCAGGAUUUAAACAACUUCAACGGUGUGCUGUCGAUCGUGUCCGCCUUUCAAGGGGCGGCCGUUCACCGGCUCAAGCUCACGCUCGAAGAUAUCCCGAAGCGUCACCAGCAGGUGCUGGGCGAAUGUCGGGAGCUGAAUAAUUCGCACUUUAAGAAGUACCAGGAGAAACUGCGCUCAAUCAAUCCUCCCUGUGUGCCAUUUUUCGGUAUGUAUCUCACCAACAUUCUGCACAUCGAGGAAGGCAAUCCGGACUUCCUGCCCAGCACCGAGUUGAUCAACUUCUCCAAGAGAAGACGAGUGGCCGAAAUCACUGGCGAAAUACAGCAAUAUCAGAAUCAACCAUACUGUUUAAAAGUCGAUCCUAGCAUAAGGCAUUUCCUAGAACAUUUAGACCCUUUUAAAGGAAUGAGCAUAACGGAAAUACAAAACUAUCUGUACGAGGAAAGCAAGCGGAUAGAGCCGAAAAACUGUCGUCAGCCUUUGAAAUUCCCCCGCAAAUGGCCGGACAUUCCAUUAAAAUCCCCCGGUAUCAAGCCGUCGUCGAGGCGUAACAACAGUUCUGCCAAUUCGUCGAUGACACUGCCCGGGACUUUACCGUACAGCAAAACGUCCCUGCUGGCAAACAGUGAUACGGGCGAACAAUCGCCACCGGCCUCAUCGUCCUCGUCCGUACAUGACUAUUCCAUCUUCGCCUCCGUCAACAUACACUCGUCAUCUUCCGGGACGUCUUCGCUGUCGUCGCUCUACUACCAGCAGCAGCAGCAACAUCUUCAGCAACAGCAGCAACAACAGUUUCAGCAGCAGCAACACUCCACCUUCUACCACGGCCAACAAGGUGGCGCGGUCGGAGGUAGCAGCAGCAGCGGCAUGGGAAGCGGUAAUGUUGGCUCGCAACAGUACACACAUCACAGUGGUGGGCACCAUUCACAUCAGCAGCAGUACCUGCACCAUCAUCACCCCCAUUACCAUCAUCCUCAUCACUAUCAGCCGAGCUUCUCGCAGUCGAUAGCGAAUCUAACGACGGCGGGCGGGGACAACCAAAUGGCACCGGAGAUACCGCGCCGCUCGGACAGUAUUAUACUGACCAACACGAACCAGCUGCUGGCCGGAAGUGGCUGCCUGUCGGAAAGCAGCGGUAGCUACAACGGUGGCAAACUGUUGCCGAGUCCGCGCUAUCCUUCCGCCUCGAUGACGACGCUUUCGUCGGGCUCUUCCUGUUCGACAGCACCAUCUGCCGGAACCGGUGGAAUGGGUGUUGGUGCCUCCAGCUACUCAAUCGGAGGCAGCCUGUACAGUGGUUCCAGCAGUGAAGCCUCGGGGUACGGUACUGCUAGCUCAGUGACGUCAUCGUCGGCGGCCAGUAUUGUCUCAAUAUCGCACAACGAUGGAAAUGUGCAACAGCAAACGGCUUCGUCGACGGUGACCCAUCCCGACAUUCCACCAGCGAUCAGUCCACGGACUGACAAACCACAACCGUUGCAUCCACCACCACCCCCACCUCCCCAGUAUGCUUGUGGAAGCCCGGGAGCUAACGGAGGAAGUGGUAGCAACACCACCGGUACCGCAGCACUGGCUAACACAGCAACAGUUACAACAUCGAUCGCAAACAGUGCUAGCAGUAACUUUAGACAUAAUACAUCCAAUUCUAUCAAAAAUCAAAACUGUGAUUUUACUUACACCAUCCCAGGCGGCGGCAAUACGUGCUGCAGUACAGCAAACAGUAACAGUGGCGCACCGCCGUCAACGAAUUCCACUGGACGGCCAUCGUCCUGUGAACAUUCGCCCGUAUUUCCUUCCAGUCCGAAAAUUCAACUCCAGCAUAAUCAUCCCACCGCGGGAACGACUUCACCCUGCCAGCAUCAUCACCUCCAUCACCAUGCAUCUGCAACGCAGCACACGGACACGACGCCGGUCGAUGGUGUUGGUGGCGCGGCCAAUGUGCAUCCCUACCCGAUCCAGUACAACAGUAGCAGCAGCGCUUCACCAUCCGCCAGUAACAGCCAUCCGUGUCAUCAGUGCAGCACCGGUACCGGUGUUGGUGCGAUCGGUGACGGUAGUGGCGGUUUGCCGAACAAUGCCGACUUUGGUCCCAUACCGAUCUCACCGCACGUCAACGUACCAAAUACACAUAAUGUCCUACCACCCAUGCCGCCUCCACUACCUCCUAGGGUUAAACGAAAAGAAUCUUCCAUGGAAUCGUCCCAGUCGUCUCAAAUACGGCAGGCACCGGAUGCACCGAGGCUACCACCGAGAGACGUUAGUCCACCUCCGAUACCACCAAGGAUUCAUCCCCAAUCACACUACCAUUUCGGUGUAGCUGGCCAGACUGGUACGACGCUACUUCUCAACUACACGCAAAGCCCAGGAGCGUGCGUUACCACCGGUGGUGGUUUCCCAAUGGACGGCUCCAACUGGAACCAUUCCUCGCUGCAUACGAAGGAUGAAUCGGCGUCUUCGUCAUCGUCCUCGUCGACGCUAACGAGGGACAAUUUAAACCAACACAAUCAGCACAGCAUCGGCGGAACGACGGCAAGUAGCAGCAACAGUAGCAGCAUGGAACAACGUUUGCUAAUGCUGCCGCAUACCAGCACGAUCAUGAUGCGUCGCAACUCGGCGAUGGAUCGUGCGGCGAAGGAAAACAUUCCCAAUAUUGCCACCUCGAGCUCGCUCUCGGGACUGUCGACGAUCGCAGCCGGUGCUGUAACGGUUCCGGGGAAUACGGUCGGUGGUGGUAGUGGGACGACGAUGAAUUCCAGCGGUCCUAGCGGUUCCUCUGUUACCUCGGUUGGUAGCAGUCCAUCAGCGAUAAAAAAUAAAUCGGUUCAGAAUUCGCCCAGCUCGGGACAUCAACAACAGCCGAAUGUACUUUGUCGAAGGGCCAGUACAAACAUCUCGCCACGCUUUUCGCCUGGAGAAACGACGCCAAAACUACCACCUAAACCGAAGCAGAACAGCAUUAGCUCAGAUCGUACGAUGUUUCCCUAUCCCAGUACAAACUGACCAAACGGUAGUCCCGGCUAUGGACGAUACUUUAUUCGUUAGCCCUCUUCAGCGUUGUCGGCGAUCGGUCACAGACACAUCACAUCUCGAUCAGUAGCGUCUCCUUCCCCAUCGAAGGAUAUGGUACAUCAUGCAUGACGACGAUAAACCCACAACUGUGUUGCUGUAGGAUUUGAUUGGCGUUAGCCACUACGAACGACGAAUCAUGCUACUUUUAAAGAACUGUUUCACGGUCUGUGUUUGUUUGGACGCUAAAGCGCCGAACGAUUGUUCUAUCGCAGAUAAUGAUUGCAUUUAAGUAAUGUGUGUGCCAUAGAGAGGGAAUUUUACGUAGCGUUUUCUUUUAAUCUGCAAGAUGUUUGCCUCCUGCAUUGGUGCUGUUGGUUCUUGUAGCCCAGUUUUGUUUUUAAUUUGUGUGUUUGUUUUAAAAAGAGAGCUCAUUUUAAUUUCGACAGUUUAAUCACACGCCUAGCCUCUCAAUGUGUGUGUCCGUAUGUGCAGGAAAGUAUUAAUAUCAAGUGAGUAUGAAUAAUUUUGUGCCAGGAAAUGUAAUAUAAUGCAUUCUGAAGGUAAAGGCAAAAGUAGAGAGAGAGGAAGGCAGCGGUCUUUACUGGUCAGCUUACAAGCGUUGACAUUUUAAUCGUUUGGAUCACAUAUGUGGCGUGUGCAGAUUAUGUUACCCGAUGGGACGAUGAAAGGAUUUGAAAUACUUAAACCGUAGUAUGCAAGCAUUAGUGUAUAUCUGAAAGACUGUAAUACAGUUUGCGUUAUCAUGUUUUAUUACAAUACAAGUGACGCCAGGCAGCAGGAAAUUGACUAUGUGUGAAGUUUUGGUGUACCGAACGAGAUGAUCUUACGUGAGUGUACAUAUACUUAAGUUCUUUUGUGGCCAUUAAACAUACCAAGGACUGUUUACAAUCACUCAAACAGCUGGGGCGGUUCACUGUUUCUCUCUUCUUGCAUUUCAGUUCCCACAAUGUUCCGUAGUAUCGUUGAAAACCUUCGCGUAUUACCUAUACAGCAAAUGUACGUUCUUGUUGCGAUGGUUGCGCUAAUGUUUCGUAAAGAGAUUAUUCAAUCUCGUGAGACGAAAUGUGUUUAAGUUGACGCUUUCUCACGCAUGACGUUAAGAGAUGACCAAACAUUCAGAAACAAUGUUGUUGAAGGUGAUAUACAAUACAUAGCAGAGGGAACAAUUCCAGUUAGAAUCAGCCGUAAAGUGUUUGAUUUACGAUCCGACACGCGCUGGUGAAAAAAAUCAAUAGAGAACGAAAAGAAAGAAAAUAUUGCAGAAGAGAAGAACACAAAAUUCAUACACAGAUAAACUUACACAUCCGGUAUUUAAAAAGCAGUACAGAUAAUUUCGUUGUUGUGUAAUGUAGAUGUUUUAUAUGGAUGAUUAAGCAAACAAACCCAAUGGGAGAAGAGAAAACAACAAAAUAUGCACUGAGCACGAGUGAGGGUAAUGGUGUGUACAUAUGCUUGGUGCGGUACAUUGAUUUAAAGUACCUUGGAAUGUUCAGCAGCAGAACACAGCUCAGCAUGUUAAUUGCAGAAAACAAAAGAACAAAAGUGAAACAAUAAAUGGUUACUACUAAUACACACACCUAUCAAACACACAUGUACCACAAUGCAAGCGAACCAAGUGAAGUAGUAUAAACACUUACGCAAUUUUCGAAGGCAAGAAAAUGAGGCAGGAACUAUUCAAACAUCACAAAAAUACUAGAAGAACCAGAAGAAAAACAUUUAAACACGAAGGCCUGCUGGUGAUAGUGAGAAUGUUGAAUAGAACAACGAUUUGAUUGAGACGAUCUAAAAUUAUUCUCUGUUCGCAUCUGCAUCGCCCAGAACGAACAAGAAUUUGAGGGACAAUUCUACUCGAUAAGAACGUAGUUGAAAAUUGUGUUAAUGUGAUUUGUUUCUGAAUAAUGGAUACGAGAAAACAAAUGCUCUGGUUCAAUUUUAUAAGCAGUGAACAAAAAGGGUGUACAGGAUAUUGUCCAAUCGUGCGCUUCAAACCUUACGGCUUGUCGAGAAAGUCUACAAAGAGAAGAUCACUUUGUUUUCGGGAUUCGCAUGAAAUUAUUAGCCACAAACAAAAAUACAAGAAACAAAAAAAAGGAACAACACGCACAGUAAAGCGCGUAAACUAAAAUUUAAACCAAAAUACGGAGCAGCACAAAACAACACACAACCGUGUAGGGUGGUCAGACAGAUGUAUGCAGUGGGCACAGGGCAGUGGGAAACAAAUAUAGCAGAUGGAAACUGAUCAACAAGAGGGAAAUCACACAGGAGACUAUUGUGUAACUAUGAAUGUGUUAUGUAAAUAAGUAUGUAUGUUAUACAAAAGGUAAAAGGUAACGCAUAAUUACUACUAUACACAAAACACAAACAAACAAAACAUACAUGAGUUGCAGAGUCGUGCGUGGCGUGGGUCUCGAGCAAAAGAGGGUAGAAUUUGAUGUUGACAUUAUUAUACACACGAACAAAACACAUAAGAGAAUCUAAGAUAUAAGAAAUAAAAACCCCAAACAUAGAAGAAAAUGCAAGGAGUCUUAGGUGGUAGCACGUGUGUGUGUGUGUAUGUGGUUGAUGUUGCAGUCGUUGUCAAAAUUGUCGAAUGAAAAAAAAACGAGGAACAUGACCGAUAAACAUGGUUUGUGAUUGGACCGCGGCCGGACCCUCCCGGAUCCGAAGUCUGACUAUUUGUGGAUGAUCAUAUCCUUAACUAAAAAACACGCUUCGAUUUGAUGUGGGCGUACUGGGGGAGAAAGCAGAAAGAAGUAAAGAAGAGAACACAAACAAUAAUUAAAAGCCACACAAGAGGAGAGUUUAAUUGAAACGUACGCUAUAACAGGUGUGUGUGUGUGUGCCACCGGCCGUGUGCGAGGUUGCAGUUUGUUAAGCAUAUUUGUCUGUAUAUUGUAAAAUCGGAACGGUUGUACGAAAUGAAUUUGGGAUAGAAAGUGAGGAAUAGGGCUCAGCUAGGCUGAGAUGAUAAAGUACAGUGUGAGAUAAUAAAGGGAAAGGAUAUCACAGGUUAAUACGGGAUUUUGGGGGUCAACAUUAAAUGUCAACACAGCACCGUACAGCAGCCACACAAUCACAACAUUCACUCUCACGCCUAACACGUGAGUAACAGUCUUGUCCUGCAGUCUUUUUUGCCGAAUGUCAUAUAGGAAAUAUAUUAAUGGUGCAAAUCCGCCAAAAAGGAGCUUUGAGAGUCGAAAAAAAGACCUUGGUCGGUUGUAAUAUAGUGUCUAUGUUGGCCUUUAUUUUUGACUCCUUAAAUCCCAUAAUGCAAAACAGAGUAUAAGAAACGUUGAUCGAGUGUGUGACGCUAUUAGGUCGGAUUGGGUGGAGAAAUGAUUAGGAACGAUUUAUUUAGUGUAAAGAUGUGAACCGAAUUAGCAGGGCCGAGGGAGAACCAAGCGCCUGGCGAUAGGUGGGAAUGUGAGGGAGUAGAAAUGAACGAACCAGUAUGUAGUGCGAUUUGCAUGAGCUAUCCACACAAUCGCAAACGUGUUGUACUAUAUACAAGAUUUUAUGUAAAACAAACCAACAAACCACAAACCAGAGACAGUGUAAGAAAUGUGUAAACUGUUGUAAAACAGAGUAAAGAAAAGCUGGAGAGCAGAAAAGAGAAAGAAGAUAUAUUAUAUAUACAGAAUGAAAAAGGAAGAAAAAAACAGAAAAUAUAUGUACGAUAUAAAAAGGGCAGUAGUGAAGCGAGAAGAAUGAAAUUCGUUGAGAUUAGUGAAAAAAAAACAGAGGAUUUGCUAAGAAAAGUUUAUAACGGUUGAACGAUAGAACAAAAUAAGAAAAAAAACACGAAACGCGGGAAUGACGUACGAAAUACGAAAAACAACAAGCUGUGAAUGAAAGUGGAACCUAAAUGUUUGAAAUAAUGUAAAAAAAGGUACAGAACAAAAAUGAAACUAAAACU